UCCUCUCAGCAUGAGGUCCUCCUUGCAGGCAGUAGCACUCUGGGGGAAGAAGGCCCCUCCACACAGCAUCACUGCCAUCAUGAUCACUGAUGACCAGCAAACCAUUGUGACUGGAAGUCAAGAAGGUCAACUCUGUCUCUGGAAUCUCUCACCUGAACUAAAGAUUUCAGCUAAAGAACUUCUGUUUGGCCAUUCGGCUUCAGUAACAUGUUUGGCAAGAGCAAGGGAUUUCUCGAAACAACCUUAUGUCGUCAGUGCUGCUGAAAAUGGGGAGAUGUGUGUUUGGAAUGUCACCAACGGACAGUGCGUGGAGAAGGCCACUCUUCCUUACAGGCACACUGCAGUCUGUUAUUACCACUGCUCAUUCCGGAUGACAGGGGAAGGUUGGCUUUUGUGUUGUGGAGAAUAUCAAGAUGUUCUUAUCAUUGAUGCCAGAAGUUUGGCUGUUAUUCACACUUUCAUAUCGUCUCAGUCUCCUGAUUGGAUCAACUGCAUGUGCAUUGUUCACUCCAUGAGAAUUCAAGAAGAUUCUCUCUUGGUGGUAUCAGUAGCGGGUGAGCUCAAAGUAUGGGAUCUCUCUUCAUCUAUCAACAGCAUUCAGGAAAAGCAAGAUGUCUAUGAAAAGGAAUCCAAAUUUCUCGACUCCCUGAACUGCCGGACAAUACGAUUUUGCACAUAUACGGAGAGACUUUUACUGGUGGUAUUUUCUAAAUGUUGGAAGGUUUAUGAUUAUUGUGAUUUUUCCCUUCUGCGGACUGAAGUUAGUAGAAGUGGGCAGUUUUUUGCUGGUGGAGAGGUGCUUGCUGCUCACAGAAUCAUCAUCUGGACAGAAGAUGGUCACAGUUAUAUCUAUCAGCUGCUGAACAGUGGGCUUUCCAAAAGCCUAUACCCUGCUGAUGGAAGAGUGCUUAAAGAGACCAUUUAUCCUCAUUUACUGUGCUCUACUUCUGUGCAGGAAAAUAAGGUACAGAGCCUUUCCUUUGUUAUGGGCUACAUGAAUGAACGGAAAGAGCCUUUUUAUAAGGUACUUUUCUCUGGAGCAGUCUCAGGAAGAAUUACUUUGUGGCAUAUCCCUGAUGUUCCUGUAUCCAAGUUUGAUGGUUCUCCUAGAGAGAUACCAAUAACUGCCACAUGGACCCUUCAAGAUAAUUUUGAUAAGAAUCAUACCAUGUCCCAAAGUAUUAUUGACCAUGUCUCUGGGACUGGAACAGUCGGAGUCACUUCAUCAGAGUAUGUUCCAAGUCUUGAUAAACUAAUAUGUGGCUGUGAAGAUGGGACAAUUUUCAUUACACAGGCUUUGAAUGCUGCCAAAGCAGGACUUCUAGAAGGCGGUUCUUUAUUAAAAGAUUCCCUUCCUUACAAAGUUCUCAAAGGCCAUCACCAAAGUGUUACUUCAUUACUUUACCCACAUGCUCUCUCUUCGAAAUUAGACCAAAGUUGGCUUGUGUCUGGGGACCAGGACUCGUGUGUCAUCUUGUGGAAUAUCUUUACUGAAGAAAUUUUGCAUAAAUUCUUUUUGGAAGCUGGUCCAGUAACAAGUCUUUUGAUGUCACCAGAGAACUUCAGACUAAGAAGUGAUCAGGUAAUUUGCUGUGUGUGCAGUGACCAUUCCGUGGCUCUCCUUCACCUUGAGGGGAAGAGAUGCCUCCUGCAUGCCCGGAAGCACCUUUUCCCUGUGAGGAUGAUAAAAUGGCACCCGGUUGAGAAUUUUUUAAUUGUUGGAUGUGCAGAUGACUCCGCUUACAUCUGGGAGAUUGAAACAGGCACUUUGGAAAGACAUGAAACAGGAGAAAGAGCAAGAAUUAUUCUCAAUUGUUGUGAUGAUUCACAGCUUCUAAAGCCCGAUUCUGUACUUCCAGUUGCCUCAGAGACACAUAAGCACAAAAGUGUAGAACAGAGAUCCUCCAGCUCCUAUCAGUUUGGGCCAAUACCUUGCCCUGGUCUGCAGGUGGAGUCUUCAUGUAAG